UCCCUCCCCGUCACCUCUCACACCCCCCUUCAAGCACUCGUCUCCACCUCCACCUUCUCCUAGCAGCCUGGUGUGUCAAGAAGAGAGAUGAAAAAUCUGUAAAAAAAAACAAACAAAAAAACAGAGGCGAGUAGGGGUUGGCUUUUUUUUUUCUAGUUUCUUGGUAUCGGAACAGGCGUCACGGCGGGUGCAGGGGGCAGCGCGAGGAGUACGGAAAGGAGGAGGCGACAGCGGAGCGUAAACACGACAGAAAACGGGCGAAUAGAGCGGCAGACAGCGGUGAGCCCCCACCACCACCACCACCACCACCGACACCAUCACCUUCUCAUCUCCAUCCCGUUCGUUUGUUACGCUGUUUGACUCGGUGGCUCCGCUCGCGAGAGUAGCUCCUCGUUAGCUCCGGGUUUCUGCGGAAUAAACAUCGGAGGCAGAAAUAAGGAGGCUGUGCGCGAGCGCCAGCGGCGGCGGCGGAACUAACCGACGGGAUUCCCGGCGAGAUCAGGACGCUUCCGCGGAUAAAACCCCGGAGAGGAGAGUCGGGAGAGGCAAAGAAGAUUGUAGCUGCUGAGCAGGAGCGGAGCGGAGACCCCCCCCAGCCCCCCGCAGCCUUCCACCGACCCCCCGGUUCUUCCCUCCGAGUCUCCAGCAUCACCAAUGCGAUGGCAUAGCGGCUCCUGCAGCAAAACCGAAAGGCUCGAGUCAGAUCGGCGCUGCUCGUCUCCACCAUGAACCUCUGAAAAGACAUCCGACACGGGCACAGAUGGGCAGGAUCGCUCGGCAGGAGCAUUGUGGAAGCAACCGCUGACAUGAGCAACCUGGAUUAGUUUCGACAGUCAUGACUUGGCUUAGAUGGCCCAGGGUUUCUGGUCGGCUGAAUUCACCCCAAAAAUGGCGGCUGCUCCAUCCGAUGAAAAUGCGGCGGCACAGAGUGUUCUUGCUGUGCACGGUGGGUCUGUGUGUCAUCUCCUUCCUCCAUUACUACAAGGCCCUGCACUACGUCUCCCUGCUGCGCGAGCUCUCCGCUCCGUACCCCAACAUCAAGUCCUUCAUCAUGGUCUCGGGCUUCUUCUGGAGGGAGAAGGGCGUCGCUGCCACCCCGCUCAGUCCCGCCUCUCCCGAAGAGGCCCCGCCGCUUCCCGUCCUCCGGCAGGGCGCGGUGCAGCCUGGCGGAGGGGCGGGGUCUUUGGGGGACGGAGGCGGAGGAGGGGGAGCGGUAGACCCGGGAGCGUUGGACGCCAACGCCAGAGUCGCCGGCAUGGCCGGCCUUAAGCAUUUCGAGGUGAGAGCGAUGAAGGAGCCGGAGCCUCCGCAUCCCUGGGAAAAACCAGAGGAGAACCAGCUGGGAGACUCGCCAAGAGAGAAACAAAGUGACGAUCGUCACGUUGACCCCAGCCUACAAAAACUGCGGGAACAAUUAGGGAAAGAAAAGCUGUCCAACCCGAUAAAGUCCAUGGGAGACCUUCACACCCGCAGUCACCAGCUCCAGGAUGACAAAACCUCGUAUUUUGUGCGUACGAGUCGUGGGGCCUACUGUUUCAGACAGGGGACGGAGAUCAAGGAAUCCUCUGUAAAAGCAGCAGCGGGUGCAGCUGGUGACGUUUUGGACGUGGAUAAAGCAGCUCAGCGGAAACCUCUGGGGCUUCAGCAGCAGCAGCAGCCCGGAAAGGCAAAGGGCAAAGGUCAGCCUUUGGGCAGCGGGAAGCAGCUGGUGAAGUGUGUUUGCCGGCCGGGCUGGCACGGACCUUACUGUGGGGUUCCCACCAUGGUGUACCACUCCAACCUGCCGACGAAGGAGCGGCUGACGCCCAGAAAGACGCCGCGGAGAGUCAUCAACGCCAUCAACAUCAACCACGAGUUCGACCUGCUGCACACGCGCUUUCACGAGCUUUCGCGGGCCGUGGAUUUGUUCCUGGUGUGCGAGUCAAACUUUACCGCAUAUGGAGAGAAACGGCCGCUGAGUUUCCUGCGUCUCCUUCUGAACGGAACGUACGACUACGUCCGUCAUAAGAUCCUCUACGUGUUCCUCGACCACUUCCCCGACGGCGGCCGGCAGGACGGAUGGAUAGCCGACGACUAUCUGCGGACGUUCCUGACGCGGAACGGCUUGUCCAGGGUGAAGGGGGCCAGGUCGGACGACGUGUUCGUCAUCAACGACGCCGACGAAAUCCCGGCGCAGGAAGGCCUCCUUUUCCUCAAGCUGUUCGACGGCUGGACCGAACCGUUCGCCAUACACAUGCGAAAGUCUUUGUACGGCUUCUUCUGGAAGCAGUUCGGGACUCUGGAGGUGGUGUCCGGCUGCACGCUCGGGAUGCUCCGCGACGUCUACGAUGGCGACGGCAUCAAGCUGCGGCGCCGCGAGUACUACACCAUGCCGGGCUUCCGCAAGUACGAGAACGACACGGGCCACAUCCUGGUGCAGUGGUCCGUGGGGAGCCCCUUCCACUUCGCCGGCUGGCACUGCUCCUGGUGCUUCACGCCCGAGGGGAUUUACUUCAAGCUGGUGUCGGCGCAGAACGGGGACUUCCCCAGGUGGGGGGACUACGAAGACAAACGCGACCUCAACUACAUCCGGGAACUGAUCCGGACAGGGGGCUGGUUUGACGGCUCCGUGCAGGAAUAUCCCCCUGCGGACCCCAAAGAGCACAUGUUUGCCCCCAAGUACAUGCUGGAGAACCAUAAAAGGUAUCACUACCUCCUAGAGAACCCUUAUAAACACAAAGUCCAGAACGAAUGAAGUCUAAGAGACCACGCUUUGAGAAAAUACCUAACAGAAGUGCCCGAGAGUGGCCUUCGCACUGAGCUCUGGAGGUGGGCUGACGCCGACGGACGAAAUCUCGAUGGACGACGAUGACGAAGGCGAUGCAGGGAUUUAAAAGCUCUUCAGAUUAUUUUGGGGUUUUAAAAAGGGAACACAAAAAUGACAACAAUGGGUUUACAAGUUCAACGUCUGUGGGACGAAACCACUGGAUGAACAAAAAAAAAAAAAAAUCACUGCUUUCCCCAUCGUUCCCUCGUCACAGUGAGAGGCCAAGCUAUUUCUCUUCGCCCGCUUACUUUGUAUCUCAUCCGCCACUGGAUACACUUGUAGGAAGAAAAAUAAAUUUAAAAAAAAGGCAGGGAAGCAACAAGCGUUUUUAUUUUUAUUUUAUUUUUUGCCUGUUCCUGUCUGCUUUCACUGAAGUUUACAGCCUGCCAGACGCUCGGCUUUCAACCCCGUCGCCCUCUGAUGUCUUCCUUUCGUAAUCGGUGACCUCCUUCCAGAGCCGGACGCAUGUUCAGAAGCAAAACAUGGAGACCUGAAGGUCUGCUGAGAGUACCAAACAAGUAUCACAGGCUUCUGCUCACGUUCAUGGUCAUGCACCUUAAGCUCGUCUGCGUGGUUGUAAAUAGUGUGCGUGUGUAGCCGUGUGUGUGUGUGUGUGUGCGCUCUGUGUUUGUGCCGUUCGGACUAAGAAAAUCAAAGCGAAUGAAGAAGGUUCAUGAAGAAAAAAGUGUGCCGAAAUAAAAAGGAAAUAAAAUGAAAGACCACAUGGAUGGUGUGUACUGAGUUGGGAGUGUGUUUUCCGGAGCUCACGGACAGAUUUGAGCAAAACGUUUUGGUCCCAUCAGGGGAGAACCGAGAGAAGCUGCAGCCUUAGGUUUUCAGAUCUGUCCGGUUAGCAGCUGGGGUCGCCGGGUUUUCCUUGAAACCUUGCAGAGAAGGAGUGGUGGUGGUGGUGGUGUGGCGCGAGGAUGUUCACACAUCGGUGCUAAGAUAUGUCUGAACACUAGAAGUCCCCGGGACGAGUCUUUAUGCGCCGCUGCCAACGCUCCUCUGAGCGUUUCCUGUCUCCAUAUUCCUUCUUAUGUCCCGUCUUGUUUUCCAAUCUCCAUUUUUACGCUCUUUAAGUUCCUUAUCUUCAUGUGUUGAGUCAGAUGAGUUGAAAUUGGCCCAGUUUUUCAAUUUGCCAUCUGUUAGAAAUGCACCAGUCAUUCAGGAAGACGUUGCAACCUGCCAAUAUUCUCCUGAUUGGCUUUGAUCAAUGAGUGCAGGAAAAAAUGUCACGAUAACAAAUUUUGCUGGACAAUAAAUCGUCCCAGUAAUUAUUGCGAUAAACGAUAAUAUUGUCAUUUUGAGACAAUUUUCAACUUGUAUAACAAUAAUGACAUAACAAAAAAGCAUACGCGACUGCAACAUAAAUAAAAUGGAUUAUGAAGUUUCUGUAAACAAAUAAAUAGUCAACAUCAGAAUUCAAAUUAUCCAGCACAUUUUAAUUCAUUUUGACUUUAAUUGAUUACUGUACUUCCCACCAUUUUUCUCAAAGGACACACCAACUGACCUCAUCUACACUGAUGCAUUUAUUUUGAGUCUAAUAAAUUUAAUGCAGGUUAGGAACAUUUGCUUUGGUUCAUGAAUUCAGAUAAUAUCUUACCUGCUGUAAAAAAUACUCUUUGCAUCUUAACUCAGGAUCAGUUUAAAUCAGUACAGGAAGUGGAAGCCGGUGGCUGUUGUAUAUCAAAGCGUUUAUAUGAAAGUCACUUUAUUGAUUUUUAAAUCUUUAUUUAAAAUGUCUUUUUUUUUUUUUGCAAAUAGGCUGAUAAACAUGGAAAAGGGAGAUUGGAGGCGGUGCGCCACCAAUAAUCCUACUGUGUGAAACGCUUAAAAACAAAAACAUUUGCAGCUAACCUAGAAAAAAAUAAAUGAAAUAAAAUAAGGAAAUUUGUCUCAAUCAGUAAUAUUUUUGCUCUUCAGACUGCUUAACUUAUUAGUUUCCCCUGUAUAUGUUCUUAUCUCAACGUUUCUCUCUGGAAGGUCAUCGAUGGCACACCUCCUCCGACCUCAAUGUCCUGUGUGAUUAAUCAGUGGCCUUACUUUGAAAAAACAUUCACACAAACCAUUUCCAGGUUUCAUUUUAACACUGUAGAGCUCUGUCCUGCUCUGAUUAGCCAUUAGUUUUAAUCUCAACAAGUUGUAAUAAAUGAGGAACGCAAGAAAAUGACACACUGCAGGUGGGAUAUCAGAACCACCAGAGCCUCACUUCAAAAGUCUGCUCUUUAAGGGCCUGCUUGUUUUCGUUCUUGUCGAGGGUGAGGGAAAUGAUGGCAGAAAUGUUGACAUCACCACAAACCCAAAUGAAAAACUUUACAAGGAACAGAGUGACUAAAAAUGGGAAAAACCUUAAUCAUUUUUUUUAAAAGCCGAUUGACCAGCUCCACCUAGAGGUAACUUGGUGUUGCUAAGACCUAAAACAGAGCACGUUCUCUUCAGUUUGAGAAAUGAUCAUUUCCCAGUGUAAAAUCUCUGGGAGGUUUGCUAUUUUAUUAAACCUUCACCAGGCAAAAGUUUGCUCUUAAAGCUGUGAUUUGAUCUGGAGGCCGGAUGUUGGCCUGAGAUUGUCGGCCUCGUUGCUCGGGGAGGAGAAAAUGAGAUUAGCCAGAAGGCCAGUGAUGCUGGUUUCUGUUUCUGGGCUGGACGGCUGUACAGUGGAACGCAGCAGCAGCUGUCGGGGGUUUGGUGUUGGUAUCAAUCGUCUAAUUCCUGGGAGGCAGCAGAGAAAUUAGCUCCAAAUAUGAUUUGAAAUCAGAUGGCCAGGGACUCUUUAUGGGAGGCUUUAAAUUAGAUUGUAGUUUUUGUGUGUGUGUGAUUUGGAAAAGGUCGAUGUUGGUCUAACACAAAUCAUUUAACAGUCAUUUAACAAUACCAGAGUGUCCACAUCUUCUUGAAAAGUUUUAAAUUCAUGUGUUUAAAACUAAGGCCUUAAAACGUCUUAAAUUCAUUUAAAGAAACACAAGUUGGCCUUAAAUGCGUUAACCACAGGUCUUAAAUUUCGUUAUGGCAGGUCUGUUUAAUUUCGGCUUAUUCUCAUAGGCAGUAUGUAGUCUUUUUGUUUUCCUGCGGGACUUUCCCAUCAGGCAAAGGUUUGAGUCAGACACCUUCAGUGUAUUCUGUGACUUCAAGCAGUUGAGGCUACCAGUAGCAAACAUACCCUAGUUAGCAAGUUAGCUUUUUUUUUUUCAUCAUGGAUAAAAAUGCAAAUUUAUCACCAGUUGGUUAGUUUUCUCCAUUGACUCACUUCUGUUGUCAACGAACGUUGUAAAUGAAGCUAAGUACAAUUUAGAGUCCAAAAGUCUAAAAUCAAACUACAGGAACCAAUCAGUGAGACCUACACUAAAGUUUUUGGGAGAGGGAACAACUACGGUCCAGAAAUGGGGCAUGCAACAGGAUAUGACUGAAUAAGCACGUUAAAGAAACGUGCUUAACGGCAUAUUUUUCCAUCAGUAUAUAGGUUUUAAAUGUUACUUUGUAAUCUUAAAGAUGUCUUAAGUUUGAGUUGAAGAAAGUUUCAGAAACCAGUUGCUGAUUUGGUGUGCAACUCCCAAAUCUGCAACUGGUCGGGAGCCUGGUAAAUGCUUGAAAAAUCUGUAGCUUUAGACGGUCCAGUCAAAGAAUGACAUGUAGGAGAGCUAAAUCCAACGUAAGUUUCUCUCCACUGACGAUUCAGAUAUUCUGGUGACGCCUUGAACAAAUUCAUUUCCCAUUUUCCUGCUAACCAGCUAACAUUGUUGGAUUUCUUGCUAACGUGUUUUCUGUCUCAUUUGCUAUCACUCAUUGGUAAUUUGACUGAUAACACAUUUCUGUGCAGUUUCAGUUAAUCACAUGCAGACUACGAUGAAGUCGUUGUUCUGCUUUAUUAACUAAACGAUUUGCUUUGAACAGCAUAAACUUUAAUGACUCAUGUUUCGGCUGCUUUCGGUCCAGCCGUCUCCCACGCUGAGAGCUUUAGCCACGGCGGGUCACAGGAAACAGACACAGAGAACUUUAUUAGAUCAACCAAAUGAACUGGACAGUCUCUAAUAUGCCUGUGCAAGCUGUGGACACACUAAAAGUGUGCCGUGCAAAUUGCUGCCUGAAGGCUGGCUGGGGGUAAAAUCACAGACGGGUACAACUACAGGAAUUGGAGCUGAGAUUAGACCAGGAUUUAUUUACUGUUCAUUUGAAAAUAAUGUGAACAAGGCCCUAAUCCAGAUUUUGGGAUUGGAGUGGGCUUUCCCUAGUAAUUCAUGAUUGAGCUGUGAGGCAUGUGCAGCGUGGUUGCAGUGUUAGCACAUGUAGAUUAAUUCAGGGAAUCACGUUCGCAUCAAAAACCUUUAUCAGCUGUAUUUUUCCUCAAUUUUGGGAGGGAAAAUUGCAUUAAUCUAGUGUAGUUUAAAAAAAAAUAAGUAUUUGACUUUCUGAGAAUUUGAAGUAAGAAAAAUCCUGCUGAGCAGUUAAAGUGCCCACCCUCUACAUCUCUGGCUUCAUGCCCUCUGCCCUGUCUGUCUUUGUGGUGUUACCAUUGAAAAAGUGGGGAGAGAAAAAGUUUUGCAUUAGCUCAAUGGCAUCUGAGAAACGAAACCACAAGCAGGGUCCCCAUAAAAGAACGUGGGCGGCUAUUUGUACUCGCGCCCUGCCAGGAGGAAUUGACUUUGAGUUAACACCCCACUCCCCGGCUGCUGCAGUCGCAUCAAGCCAAACAUCUGGCGAACAGCGCCCAUGUUUACAUUUCUGCGUACAUUUUUUGAGCCUUUGUCUGAGAGCAGCAGCCGUGCCAGCCCGGGCCGUACAAGGAUGUUUGUCCGCUUCAAGGCUCGGCCAGUUACCGGCUUUAUCGCCAUGGCAGCAAUCCCCCCCUGGGGUUCCCGAGAUACUCAACAGCCUGAGGUCAUCCACGAAGACUGCAGACCGGUGGUUCAAGAGCCAGUAAUCGGGAGAAAUCACAGACCACUGGAUGCUCAGAGCGGUUGUGGGCUCAUGGCCAGAAACCCAGUUAUUAUGCACGAACAGCAGCACCGGUGCCACCUCUGUAGCGCAAUCUGCAAAUAAAACAUGGGCAGAUCAAAACCGAGAGAAUGCGGAGCAGCUUGUGAAGCAGGGAGAUGUUUCACAGCUUUAUUGUGUGAAACGUGUUUGUGUGGAAGAGAGGCAGAGGGCUUGAUUUUACACUUUGAAGUAGAGUCAUCACAGUGAUUAAACGAAAGCCGUCCUAAAUGAAUCGAGCCGUACGUCAUCCCUGGAAAAGGAAAUCUAUAAAGCGCUGACGGAUUCAGCCCGGAUGAAGUUGCAAUGUUUUAAGGCGGGCUGUGCCGCCUCGUUGGGCUUGCAGAAAUUUCUUCCUUUUAUUUAUUUCUGGGGGGGUUUUUUAUUUCUUUUUUUUAAGCCGUUCUCCAAAUUGGAAGGUCCGUCUCGCUCAAGGACCUUACUGCAGAUUGCUUCCACUCAGCAGAUGUUAAAAGCGACGAGGCCUUUAUGCGUGCGGACAGUCUGACCGCAACCCUCGCCAGUUUGCUGUCUCGUUUUAUCAUAAUCAAGCCUUGAAUCGGCAAAGAAAUAAUGAGGCCGAAGUUAAAUGGGAGUGGACAAAUUCAAACAUCCGUCCAAGUCUUGCAGAGUUCACGCGACCACUACUCAAGUCAGCGUUUUUACAGAGCUGUUGUGUCUCUACGACAAGGCACUUUGCUCUUCAGAAGCUCUCCAACACUUGUGUCAUUUGGUUUUUAAAAUAAAGGCCAAGUAUAUCUGUAGUUCGCUACAUUUAUGGCUAAAUAUUGGGUUCAAUUAUUCUAAUUAGUGAUCAGUGUGUGUCUGAUCACUAAUUACAGACUCAUCACACCCUAAUCUGGGCUCAGGGUAAUGGGGGGGAUACCUUGGGUAACUAAUAUUUCAAUACAUGGAGGUAAUUCGCUUAAACUGAAUUAGGGUCUAUAUCUUGUAAGGUUUUUGGCUUGGUGGCAUUUAUUGACUGUGAGAAAGGUGGGAAAACAUGUGGCAAAGGUCAUGGGGUCAGGAGUCAGACUCGUGACAAAGACUGAGGUUUCCGUACAUAGGUCGCACAUUCCAUCCCUGCGCCACCGCUGCGCCCCUCUUCCAUCUUUUCUCAUUGUUCAUUCCCAUCAGCCCUGUUUGGUCCGCUUUAAUCAAACUCCAGUCUGUUUGUCUAGAAAGUCCGAUUCGUUUGGGGGAUGUGUGAACGCGCAGUUGAACUCUGAUGCAGACCAAAAAAGCUAACUCUGGCCCGCCGAAAAACGCCGGUCUCGGUUUGGUUGAAGUGAACUCUGGUUUGGUUCAAAAGCAUAUGUGGAUGCAAGUGGACCGGAGACCGCUCCAAAAGCAGAAAGAGGAAUGUAGCGCAAGGCAUUCUGGGUAAAUACAACCAAAACAAACGCUAGCCUAACAUUGGCAGGAGAAAUGUCUUGUUGUCUUUUGUCAGUGACGAAAGAGAAAUCCUGCAACUCCUAAAGUCUCCCAUCACACCAUUUUUGACAUUUCUUGAAGACGGAAGUUGCACUCAUGUCUUCUUCUGUGGUUUUUGUGUCGUUUCCUUUAGUGGUUCUUGCUGCAGCAUCUCCACAGGCGAGGAGGGGAACAAGUUUUUCAAAAGGUUUCGUUGGAUUGAUGCAGCGCAAUGUGAAAGUGAACACCAACAACUGAAAAUAUAACAAAUGUUGUAAUUUUGGGCCUCAAUCGAAUCGAGUCUACCGGACUAUCAGGUGUGAAGACACCUAAGGACUGCCUCACUCAGUUUAGAGCACAUAACAUAUUUGGAAGGAUGUAAAUUUUAUUUCGGGCAGAAACGGUUUUAUUGUCAAAGAAUCCCAUGAAAACAUCUCUGAGGACUAAAGGAACGGCUGGACAAGCAGAGCUAUGACCCAGGAUUCUCGUUCUGUAUUAAUAAGGAGUAAUAAUCGAUGUUCUUAUUCAAUACAGAACUGACUUUCCAGAUUAAGGCUGCCUGGUCAAACACACCUUUGACUGUGCAUUUAAAAUCAGAGCUAGGAUUGUCCUUGUUCUCUCUUAUUAAUAGUGAGUAAUACGCUGCUCUUUUUCUUUAACAAUAAUAAAAGUUCAGAUUGAUUAGGAAUUCGUGGCUGAACUGAGCAACAACUGGGGUAAUCUGGAAACUAUAUUCUCUAUCAAUGAAUAAUAUGUGAUAUUUAUUUAGCUUAAGCAGAGGGCUUCUAAAAUUUUACCGUCGUAUCCUUCAACUCAGAAUAAAAAUGUGCGACACAUUUGUCAUAAAUAGCUAUUAAAAUAGUUAUUUAUUCAAAUAAAUAUUUUGAACAUUAGGACGGCGUGCCACCAAAGAUGUAUUCUCCUUUCUUAUCAGGCGCCUGGUGCAGUAAAUGUGGCUGACUUGAUUCUGUUGACUGGAAAAGAGGGGAUUUAUUAAGCAUAAAAUGCAAAACUGUGGAGAAGACAGGGUGAUCCUGCUGCAGAGGGGUUUUGGAGUUGCUAGGAAACGGCUCUCUGUGCAAGCUUUAAUUGCUCGGAGUUAUUGAUGUUAGCAACGGGGAACGGGCAUUCAGAGUACGAAACCAGAGGUGUCUAAACUUAGACUGUAAGGGAUACCAGAGAAGGGUUUCAUAUUUAGUGCGCAGCUUUACUGUAGUACAUCAGUUCAUAAUUAGUAGCUGGAUGUCGGUCAGAUGUCCUUGAAUUCCUGCGACAUCUAAAAUUUUCUUUUUUAGCAAAAAUGGGAGUGAUUUAAGUCAGCAGGGGAUACUUCUGCGCACGACUUGAAAACAGGGACAAAUAAAAUAAAUCAGAAGUUGAAGAAGGGGUAACCCUCAACUCUUAAGAUCAUUUAACAAUAUAUUUAAUAUAUUUGUGGAGUUCAGCACGUGCGUUUUCUGUUCAGAUGGCAUUCUGGGUAGUGUUGACCUCUCUCCCAUCUGUUUUUGUUGUCUCAUUGCAGCUGAUUGGCCGCCUGCGCAUUCAGCCGACAUUCCUACAUGACUCUGGACCUCGUCCAGCAUUGUUGCUUCCACUAAUAAGCUGCUUUUUUUGGGGGGGUUUUUUCUAAAAAAAAA